ACCCUUUCACCCUCGAGGGACUGAGUCCUAAGUAAUGGGUCUCGUUUCGCGGAAAAUAAGAGAAGAAAUCCAAAGCGACUACGUAGUCUUCCAUCCAUAUACUUCGCGACACGAGUCACGACGACCACUCUGUUCUUUGGACUCCAAUUGAACCAUAUCUAUAGAUACCCUUCAUUUAAAGGACAUCCCUAGAAGAUGGACACCAUUGAAACACAGAGAUGAACUCUAUGAGUUCUUGUUUGAGCUUGAGAUUGAGCUUGAGCUUGAGCUUGAGUUUGAGUUUGCUCUGCACCUUAUCAUCGAUUCUUAUUAAUUUGCGGCUCUGCCUCGCCACCCCCAUUUCAAAAUCCACUUUCAUUGAUACUUACUGCACAGCCACACGACUUUAUUAUGCUAACGCAACCAACAUUCCAGUUGGAGCAAACGCCAACCUCCUCCUCUCUUAUCUAUCUUCUAAUGCUUCUUUAUCCAUCAAUAAUGGAUUCUACAACUCCACGGCUGGCCAAAAUGGAGAUGAAGUCUAUGGUUUAUUCCUCUGCAGAGGCGAUGUUGAACACAACAUUUGCCAAAAUUGCGUUGAAGCCGCGGUUGUAAAGAUCAAGCAACUCUGCGCAAUUAACCAACAAGGCAUUAUAUGGUAUGAAGAAUGUAUGCUGAAGUAUAUCUAUUAUCACCGGGUUUUUAAUUGGCCGUCUCCCCGAGCUUAUAGAUGGGAGAGCAGAUAUAUUUUCAGCCUAAAUCCAAAUGGGUUUCUUCAGAAAUUGUCUAAUUUGAUGGACAGCCUUGCAACAUUGGCUAUCAACAACUCUGUUUCUUCCUCUAGAAUCAAAUAUUUCGCAACUGGAGAAGCAAAUUUUACAAGGUUUCACAAGAUAUAUGGGCUGUUGCAGUGUACUCCUGAUAUCACUCCAAGUGAUUGUUACUCAUGCUUGAGAAAUGCUAUUUAUCAGAUUUCCGUUGUGUUCAAUGGGAGUUCAGGUUUGAGUGCUUAUUUUCUCAACUGUUUUGCAAGGUAUAGUGAUCAUCCUUUCUAUAAACUGAAUUCCUCUGCAUCAGCUCCUUCCUCAAUCAGAAAAAGGAGGAAUUCAUUUUGGAUUAUUUUUAUUAUUGCUGCUCCUGUGGUUAUUACAGUGAUACUUUUUCUUAUCCUUUUUUACUUCAUACAAAAGACAAAGCGAAAGUCAGAAGAUUAUGUUGUAGAUGAGAUUACUAGUGGGGAUACUUUGCAAUAUGACUUCAGUACAAUAAAAGAUGCCACUAAUGACUUCUCUGAUGUAAAUAAGCUGGGUGCUGGUGGAUUUGGUGCUGUUUACAAGGGUAGGCUUUCAAAUGGACAUGAGGUAGCUGUGAAGAGACUCUCUAGAAAUUCUACGCAAGGUGAAGUGGAAUUCGAGAAUGAGGUUGCAUUAGUAGCCAAGCUGCAACACAGGAAUCUUGUUAGAUUGCUAGGCUUCUGCUUGAAAGGAAAACUGUUGAUCUAUGAGUUCGUCCCCAACAAAAGUCUUGAUUACUUCUUAUUUGACUCAUUCAAACGUGCAGAAUUGAAUUGGGAGAGGCGCUGUAAAAUCAUAGAAGGGAUUGCACGAGGUCUUCUUUAUCUUCAUGAAGAUUCUCAAUUCAAGAUUAUUCAUAACGAUCUUAAGCCUGGCAAUAUUUUACUUGAUGCCAAAAUGAACCCAAAGAUUUCGGACUUCGGCUUGGCAAAACUAGUUGUAAUGGAUCAAACUCGAGAGAAUACGAAAAACAUUGCCGGUACCAUUGGAUAUAUGGCCCCAGAGUAUGCUAUAAAGGGUCGAUUUUCUGUUAAGUCUGAUGUUUAUAGCUUUGGAGUUAUUUUGCUCGAGAUAUUAAGUGCGAAAAGAGUUAACAAUUUCUACCGUGGGGAAGAUUCUCAAAACCUCCUUGGAUAUGCCUGGAGACUCUGGCAAGAAGGCAAAGGUUUGGAGUUUCUAGACCCUUUGUUGAGAGACUCAUGUCCAACAACUGAAGUUUUGAGAUGCCUACUUGUAGGGCUUUUGUGUGUUCAAGGAGAUGCUGAAUGUAGACCCACCAUGUCAUCUGUGAUUUGGAUGUUGAAGCAGACACUUGACACACUCCCUCAGCCCCGAGAACCUGCAGUUUUUAUGGGGAGAACAAGACUUCAAGGAAACGGGACUCCUUUGGGUUCAAGAGUCCAUUCACUAAUCGAGGUCAUUCUUUCUGGUUUUUCAUCCCGUUUAGCUAUUUUGAAGUUAUUGGCUUAUUGCCGGAGAAGUAGUUGUGAAAGAGUUAUUGCUGGAGGAGUAGUUGUUGGAGGAAUAGUCGCUUUCCCUUUGUUUUCUUCCUCUAACCAUUUUGAGAAGGCGGAUUCGAUUCCCAUACAUAUUCAUUCAUUCCCAAUCCAUUCCACAGAUUCAAAAUCUUCUCUUCCAAGUGGGGAAUCUCUCCUAAUUGUAUUGAGAAUUUUAGAUGGCGUCGCCUCUGAUCUUGAAUCCCGAAACGAAUAUCGAGAGAUUUCGAGAGUCCAAAAAGAAGAGGAAGAAAGAAACCUUCAAAUCCAAGCCAAAACCAGAAUUAGAACCAGACGAGAUGGAAGUCUCCAGCCGAACAACAGAAUUAUUCCUUCAAACUCAUCGAAGCUCUGUGUCAAAUAUAUUUUCAACCUAAAUCCAAACGGGUUUCUUCAGAAAUUGUCUAAUUUGAUGGACAGCCUAGCAACAUGGGCUAUAUCCAACUCUGUUUCUUCCUCUAGAAUCAAAUAUUUCGCAACCGGAGAAGCAAAUUUUGCAAGGAUUCACAAGAUAUAUGGGCUGUUGCAGUGUAUACCUGAUAUUACUCCAAGUGAAUGUUACUCAUGCUUGAGAAAUGCUAUUUAUCAGAUUUCCGUUGUGUUCAAUGGGAGUUCAGGUUUGGGUGCUUAUUUUCUCAACUGUUUUGCAAGGUAUAGUGAUCGUCCUUUCUAUAAACUGAAACCCGCUGCAUCAGCUCUUCCAAUCAGAAAAAGGAGCAAUUCAUUUUGGAUUAUUUUUAUUAUUGCUGCUCCUGUGGUUAUUACAGUGAUACUUUUUCCUAUCCUUUUUUUCUCCAUACAAAAGAGGAAGCAAAGCUCAAAAGAUUAUGUUGUAGAUGAGAUUACUACUGGGGAUACUUUGCAAUAUGACUUCAGUACAAUAAAAGAUGCCACUGAUGACUUCUCUGAUGUUAAUAAGCUGGGUGCUGGUGGAUUUGGUGUUGUUUACAAGGGUAGGCUUUCAAAUGGAAAUGAGGUAGCUGUGAAGAGACUCUCUAGAAAUUCUACACAAGGUGAAGUGGAAUUCGAAAAUGAGGUUGCUUUAGUAGCCAAACUGCAACACAGGAAUCUUGUUAGAUUGCUAGGCUUCUGCUUCGAAGGAAAACUGUUGAUCUAUGAGUUCGUCCCCAACAAAAGUCUUGAUUACUUCUUAUUUGACCCAAUCAAAUGUGUAGACUUGAAUUGGGAGAGGCGCUAUAAAAUCAUAGAAGGGAUUGCACGAGGUCUUCUUUAUCUUCAUGAAGAUUCUCAAUUCAAGAUUAUUCAUCGUGAUCUUAAGCCUGGCAAUAUUUUACUCGAUGCCAAAAUGAACCCAAAGAUUUCGGACUUCGGCUUGGCAAAACUAGUUGUAAUGGAUCAAACUAGAGAGAAUACAAAUAAAAUUGCUGGUACCAUUGGAUAUAUGGCCCCAGAGUAUGCUAUAAUGGGUCGAUUUUCUGUGAAGUCUGAUGUUUAUAGCUUUGGAGUUAUUUUGCUCGAGAUAUUAAGUGCGAAACAAGUCAACAGUUUCCACCCUGGGGAAGAUUCUUAUCAAAACCUCCUUGGAUAUGCCUGGAGACUCUGGCAAGAAGGCAAAGGUUUGGAGUUUCUAGACCCUUUGUUGAGAGACUCAUGUCCAACAACUGAAGUUAUGAGAUGCCUCCUUGUAGGGCUUUUGUGUGUUCAAGGGGAUGCUGAAUGUAGACCCACCAUGUCAUCUGUGAUUUGGAUGUUGAAGCAGACACUUGACACACUCCCUCAGCCUAGAGAACCUACAGUUCUUAUGGGGAGAACAGGACUUCAAGGAAAUUGGAAUCUUUUGGGUUCAAAAGUCCAUUCAGUAAUCGAGGUCAUUCUUUCUAGUUUUUCAGCCCGAUGAGGAAUUCGUGGGAUGUAGUCUGCAGCUCUAACUUGUGAUUUAAUGGUUGUAAAAUUGCAUGGUAUUUUUGAAAACACACUUUAGCUAUUUUGGAGUUAUUGCCGGAGAAGUAGUUAUGAAAGAGUUAUUACUGGAGUA